AUGGGUCCUCCGGCAGCGGCGGUGGAGGAGGCGGUGAAGGCGGAGGCACCCGACUGGGACGACGACGGGGCGUGGGCGGCGCGUUUCAGGGCCUUCAGCGGACAGCGUGCCGACUGGACCCCCCGUUACCUCUUCUGGCGUGACCUGAUCAUCAGGGUCGCCAGACGUCUCGGAGUCCUUACUAUUCGUUCCUCGGAGGUCCUGCCCUCGUCUGAUUUCCUUCAAUUCUUCUUCCCCUUUCGUCCACCUUCGAGUGUGACCCCCUCACGCGACCCUUUGACCUUCCGUAGUUUGGGAUUCCCAGAAGGAUCAGAUUCUGAGCACAAACAGUGUCUUCCUACUCCAUCAUCUCCUGUCCAUUCCCCAGCAGGCCCAGGUUUUCUUUGAAGGGUGGCGGGGUUGAUUCGCGCUAAAUAAAACCUCGGGAGAAGAAUUUUUUAUCUGAAGGGUCGAUCUCUGGUACCCACCCGCGGCAGUUGUGGUGGGGAUCUUUUUUGUGACGGGAUUUCAGUAGUUCUGCAUAUUGCUUUAAUCUCUAUGGCUUGUUGAUGAGUAUGCGUUUCAUGAAUCAACCUCGGAAAUAAAAGCUAUAUUGAUGAUUGCUUUCUUCAGGUAAAUAAUGUGUGGUUCGCUCGAAGGGGAUUGACACCUCUGUGCAUGAAUCGUGUAUUGGUGAGCUCUACCUGAUGGCAACCAUCUACAUCUGCAUUAAGAAAAUAUAAUUCCAUGGCUUUGAUUUCAUGGCUUGAAGAUGAAUGAACUGCCUGUGAUGCAGAGUGUUCUUGCCUUCCACCUUUCGUCUAGGGAGAAUGAGACGAGAUCCCAUGUGCAUGAAGGUGGACGCAGGUGGCUGACAUUGGCCACGGAAAGCCCACAUUCUUGGAAUCUCAAGAAGUUCUAUCGCAUAGAAUAAUCCUAGAAGAUCAUAGGAAGGUUUCUUGUCAUUUCAUCGUUGCUCAUUUCUGUCGUGCCGAAGGGUUAGGGAGGUGGUAUGGUCACUCCUCCUUAAAGCUCACUUCUUUCCUGGGAACCACAACUCUGAGUGUCUGACGCAUUUGACACCCCCGAAUGUAUGGAAUGGAUGAUGGGGAUGUCAAUCUUCCUUCCUUUUCUGAUUGAAAGUAGCAAUCCACUCCACCACAAAGACAGAGGCAAGAUAGAAGUUGGCUUCUUCUAUAAGUGAACCAACCAUGCCGAUACAAUCUAUAAGUGACACUACACUUGAAUCCCAAUUUGGUUCGAAUUCAACAAUUCUGGAUCUGAACUGGAUCACCCACCAUGGUCAACUCUAUUAUUCUGUCUUUUUCUUUUUCGAGUCAUUGACAUUUGAAUCAGAUCUGGUCCACGCCCUUGCUCUCGCACCAGUUUUGAUCUUGUUUCUCUGCCUGCCAAGAGCUUGUUAAAAGCCAUUAUUCUGCUGCCAGAAGCUAUCAUUCUCAGCAUAUCUGUACUCAUAGGCGUUACUCUCGUUUUUUAAUUGGCUGUCCGUUAACAUUCUGAUUAAGCUUGACGUGAUUCUCCUUGGGAUGAAGUUUAUCUGUCAUGUCGUGUUUAUCUGCCUAUCAGGCAGGUCUGUUUUCUGUUCUCUCUGUUUUGUUUUUACAUAUAUCUAAACCUUUAUUGUUAGGAAGAGGGAGUACUUAGAUAUGACUGUUUCCACGUCAGACAGCUAGGAGAUGGAAUUUUUUAAAUAUUUUCAAGUACGAGGGUAAAAUAUGAAAAGAAGAUGGUGGCUGGUAAUGUUCAAUGGGGCAAGAUAUCAAUGUCUUCCAUUUGGGUUUCUUGAAUUUCAUCUUUUUCCUGCUCAUGACAGAUUGAGAUGCAUAAAGAAGGCGACAUCUUCUUGAGGAGGGAUCUAACUGAUCCAGCGCGCGGGCAAAUUUUCCAGUUGCUUAGAAGAAUUGGACAGUUGAUAGUGCUUUCGAAAUCAUCUGCUCUGGAAGAGAACACUGACGAGUGUCUUGUUCUGAGGGGAUUGCUUCAGGCAUGUAGGGCCCUUGGUCUCAAAUUUGUACUUCCUUUGACUGAUAGAUGAGUUCCAUUUUGGAGGCAAGAACAUCAAUCACCUCCUGUCAUGUUCACUAUCCAGGACAAAACUGUUGACGUUAUCAAGAGCCUAUCUGAAAGCCACUGGACAUCGAGCUGUGUUGUCACGAUGUGCAAGCUCGAAAGCAUCUGUGGUGGCUCUGAUGAGGCUUCAAUAAUCUCGAGUUAUCUGGUUCAAUGUGGGAAAGCACAAUACCUUUCAAUUAAAAAAACAGACUUUGUGGAGGUCCUGUUACUAUCUACAGCUUCUUCUCGGUUUGAACAAGCACCUACGUGCAUGUUUAUGUCUCAAUUCUCAACUUUGUUCUGUUCUCUUUUUUUUUCUUUUAUUUUACUUUCAGGGGUUGAAAGUUUCUCUGGUGCCGUCAUCAGUUUCGUCCCUCACAAGCCUUGAUUAUGAGAUCCUACAUCUGAUCUGGACGAUGGAGAAGAUGCAGCAACAGGUUGAUAUGAUUGACCAACGUUGGGAGCUGUAAGUUCUCUUUCUUAGCCAAUGUUUUUCAAAACGAAAUUUCCCUUCUAAGUGAUUUCGAGUUGUAUUCUGUUCCGUCCUUGUGGCAGAGUAGAACAAAGUUAUCCUUCGCGUAAUGAUUGGUGGAAUUAUUCCACGCUGAAGGAGACAAAUUAAAACUCUUGGCAAAAAAAUGAGUCCUUAUGAGUUUUUUUUCUAGAUUAUUUUGAGUCGGACAGCCCAAAUGAUUCGACUAUUAUAUUCUAUUUUGUGGUCUAAAUAUUUUCAACUCGUGUGUGAGGAGAACUCAAGAAACAUUAUUUUAGUAGAUUGAGCUGACCCUACAGUAAUGUCGUUUGGUUUCACGAAUUUGUUUCAUACUUGAACAGAAUGAGCCCGUCAGUUUUUUAAAAAACUGAUUAAACUUUAAUGAUUAAAAGUUAAUGUAUUACUUUGUGGUUUAAAUAUUUUUCAGGCAGGCCUGAAACCUUAAGAAAUAUUAUUUUAGUAAAAUGAGCCGACUCAACAUAGCUUGUAUUCUUUGGUUUUAUUUCACUUCUUACCAACUUAUCCUGAGUUGAAUGGCCCAAAGGAUCCACACGUUAUAUAAUUUUGUCGUUUAAAUGUUUUUAAUUGCGUCUGGAACAUCAUGAACGACUCUACACGAAGAUGAAGACAUCAUAGUGAGUUUAAUAGAUCCGUAAUAAAUGAUCUUAUGAUUACAUAUUGGGCUUGUUUAUUCGCGAGUUAUUUCAUGGAGAGGUUCUGAUUCUGAUUUGGUUCUCUGUUUCAAGUAAGUUGCAUCAAUUUUAAAUAAGCCCUUGUCCUUAUCCUUUUAAAAUCCACCCGGCUUUUCACUCUUACUUAACACAAAGAAUGAUCUUUUCAUCCUUUUUUUUCUUCCAGAUCAAGAAAGUCCGCAUUGGCCUCAUUCAAAUCUGGCAACAGACCCGCUGCUUAUGGGCACAUCAGACGCACGAAGCUGCUAGCAAGCAGCAGAGAGAAGUGUGCGUCGCUUUUUGACCGGGUGGAGGAGGUUCUCGGCAUCAUAAACCAGGCUGAGUCAACGAAAAAGGUGAGGCAUCAAGAACUCCCUCCUCCUCCUUGUCUAAGAUCCUUCUGUUCCUAAAUUUGGCCAUCCCAUCGGGGAACUUUGCCCAGUAGGCCUCCGAAGCCAUCCAGCUCGGAGCUCAAGCAAUCAAGAAACAGCAAAUCAGCGUAGAGCAGGUCCAUCUGUGUCUGCAGGAGCUCAGUGAAACCGUUGCUUCCCAGAAGCAAGUUGAUGAAGCCCUAGGUGACUGCUUGCCCUCCUUCUGGGACCACCCCUGCUCCGAGCUCUUUGCCCUUCACUUGUUUCUUGAGGAAGCUACUGCAUGUCUCGCAGGUUUGGCAUUGCUCGAGAGUACUGACGUGGAGGACGAAUAUCUGGAGGAGGAGUUCAAGAGAUUGGAAUCGGAGCUCACAGAGGAAGCUCCCCAGAUGACGAAAAGUGAAGUAAUUGUCGGAGAUUAUGCUCCAGAUGAGAACACCUCGGUCCAGGAAGCAGCCAGCUCGCUUGCUGAUACAUUUUCACACCUCCACCUCACGGCCGCUUAG